CAUAAACAAACCAAAUGACAUCGAGGUGCAUUUUGGUAAAACAUCAUUGUUGUGAACAUAUGCUGGAAAGUAUUGCGUUACUCUAGAAAAAAAUCUCAUAGAUAACAGUGUGGUCACAGUAAAUAUGGAAAGCGCUUUACGAUACAUUGGUAGUUCUUCUUUACUCCAAAAAAUUUCCAUCAAAAUCGGAACACUGGAGGGAGAAAAUGUAGGAUAUUCAUAUGAGAAGCUGAUCGAACAACCGUUGCUAAAGUUCUCCGGAAUGUAUACGGAGAAAACGCCGCCACUGAAAGUGAAAUUGCAAAUCUUUGAUAACGGAGAACCAGUGGGAUUGCCAGUGUGCACAUCCCACAAACAUUUCACAACGCGAUGGAGCUGGAAUGAAUGGGUUACCUUACCUUUGCGCUUCACUGAUAUUUCUUGCACAGCAGUACUUGGAUUAACCAUCUACGAUUGUGCAGGAGGAAGAGAACAGUUAACAGUUGUAGGUGGAACGUCAAUAUCGUUUUUUAGCACAAACGGUCUCUUCCGUCAGGGUUUGUACGAUCUGAAAGUGUGGCCUCAGAUGGAACCGGAUGGAGCAUGUAAUUCAAUAACCCCUGGCAAGGCUAUCACUACCGGCGUUCAUCAAAUGCAACGAUUAUCCAAACUCGCAAAGAAACACAGAAAUGGCCAGAUGGAAAAGAUUGAUUGGCUCGAUCGUCUUACUUUCCGCGAACUUGAGGUUAUAAAUGAAAUGGAGAAACGUAAUUCCCAGUUCCUUUACCUGAUGGUGGAAUUUCCACAGGUAUACAUCCAUGAAAAACUAUAUUCCGUGAUUCACCUGGAGAAAAAUUCAAACUCCGUGGUAACAUUUAUUGCGAAGCCAAAAAUAGUAGUGGUUCCAGAUUGCGAAAUUCAUCAGGAAAACCUUGUUGAACGCAAACACCAUAGACUUUCCAGAUCGGACCGUUCUGGAACAUCCGAUAGAGAUGUUAAGCCUAAUGCAAUAGUCCGGGAUACAUUAAACUCGAUCGUGUAUCGAUACUCCUCUACCUAUCCUUUAAGUAGCGAGGAACAAGAUAUAAUCUGGAAGUAUCGUUUCUACCUUAGCAGUCAUAAGAAAGCGUUAACCAAAUUUUUAAAAUGUGUAAACUGGGAAACCGCUGCUGAAGUGCGACAGGCUCUAGCAUUACUUGAAAGUUGGUCCCCCAUGGAUGUGGAAGACGCUCUAGAAUUGUUGAAUUCUACAUUCCGCCAUCCCAUCGUUAGAUGGUACGCGAUCACUCGUCUCAAUGAAGCUUCCGAUGAAUAUCUACUUUUGUAUUUGCUACAACUUGUACAAGCCUUAAAAUACGAGCCAUUUGAUGAGUCCAGUAACUCUGCUACUCGUUCACCAACCGAAGGAAAGGAGAUUUUUCAAUCUUACGAGGAACCAACAGACGCUCAAUUCGAUGAUCUACAACCAGAUAGCACAGGUAUCUCUGACAAUAACGUCGAAGAAGUGAUAAACAAUCGAUAUCAGUGUAGUAGUGUCAACAAUUUGGCAAAUUUUCUUGUUGACCGGGCGUGUCAAAAUCCAACUCUCGCCAAUUAUCUGUACUGGUAUUUGACGAUAGAAUGCGAGGACGAACGAAGCAGCAAAAAGGAUCUUAAAAUAAGCAAAAUGUACUCCAAUGUUUUGCGGAUGUUUUUGAACUGCUUGUAUAAAGGCACUGCAGAAAUGAAAGCAACACACGCGCAAUUGAAAGAGCAGCAACACUUUGUGGAUCGAUUGGUAACUUUAGUGAAGAUAGUUGCAAAAGAGUCGGGCAAUAGAAAACGCAAGACCGAAAAAUUCCAGCAGUUUCUGGCUGAGUCAAGCUCUUCUAACGUUACAAAGUUCAACUUUAACAAUUUUGGUCCCAUAGUCUUUCCAUUAGAUCCCAGCAUCCAAAUAACAGGAAUCGCGGCCGAAAAGGUGUCUUUGUUUAAAAGUGCCUUAAUGCCGUCAAAAUUAACCUUCCGCACCACCAGCGGAACGGAUUAUGUGGCAAUCUUUAAGCACGGAGACGAUCUUCGACAGGAUCAACUUAUUUUGCAGAUGAUCACACUAAUGGACAAGUUGCUGCAGAAGGAAAAUCUUGACCUAAAGCUAACCCCAUAUCGCGUACUAGCAACCAGUUCUAAACACGGAUUUAUGCAGUACAUUGAUUCGGUAACGGUGGCUGAGGUGCUCAAUACGGAAGGAAGCAUUCAUAACUACUUCCGUAAAUUUAAUCCUUGCGAAACGGGCCCAUUUGGUAUCAUGCCAGAGAUAAUGGACACGUACAUUAAAAGCUGUGCAGGAUAUUGCGUAAUAACGUAUCUGCUGGGAAUUGGAGAUCGGCAUCUGGAUAACCUGUUGUUAACGUCCAGCGGAAAAUUGUUUCAUAUCGAUUUUGGAUAUAUACUAGGCCGUGACCCGAAACCUAUGCCUCCACCGAUGAAGCUGAGCAAGGAGAUGGUCGAGGCGAUGGGUGGAAUUAACUCAGAAUAUUACAAUACCUUUCGGAAACUGUGUUACACUGCAUUCCUGCAUUUGCGUCGUCAUGCAAAUGUAAUGCUCAACCUGUUUGGGUUGAUGGUUGAUGCAUCCGUCCCCGACAUUGCAUUAGAGCCGGAUAAGUCAGUUAAAAAGGUGGAGGAUAAUCUUCGACUCGAUUUAUCCGAUGAGGAAGCUGUACAGCAUUUGCAAAAUCUAUUGGAUAUCUCCAUAACGGCCGUAAUGCCUGCCUUGGUAGAACAAAUACACAAGUUAGCUCAGUACUGGCGAAAGUAACCAUGGUGUUACAAUAUGUGGCUGUUUUUUCUGUAUCAUCUAAAACGAUUUAAAUACAAAUUUAUUUUGAGUUUCUAAAUAA